AUGAACAUGGAUCCACGGUACGAAAGUGAGACUGAACUAGGGGAGAGUAGGAUGCAGAAUGAUGGAGUUCCUGACCAUGAAUCUGGUGCAAAAGAUAAUGUAUCAGAUGGUGAAGAUGACAGAUUAGGAUCAGAGUAUGAAGAAGAGGCCAAAGAAUCACAUAAAGUUUUGAAGGGACAUUCUGAUGUUCCUGUCGAUGAGAUGUUGUCGGAUGAAUAUUACGAGCAGGAUGGGGAAGAUCCAACUGAUUUGGGUCAUUACAAGGGAUUUAGCAAUUCAGCCGGAUUGAAUUCUAGGCUACAGUCAAAGCCUGCGCCAGUUGAUAAUCAUUUGUCUAGGAGUUCAAGUGCUCUGCGGAAUAAUAGAGUUGACGACAAUGACGAUGAUGCUGAUUGCGAGGAAGAAGAUGAAGACGAUCCAGAGGACACUGACUUUGACCCAAGCUAUGGUGGAAAUAGUGUGUGUCUAGGAAAAAAGUGUCCUCCUUCUUUAUUGGCUGUUUGGGAUGUUGCCAGGAAAUAUGGUCUUGAUGAUAACUAG